CCCGGUCCCUCCGCCCGCGCCUGCGUGGACCGGCCGGCCAGGCCCCACCAGCCAUGGUGAACCUGGGCCUGUCCCGGGUGGACGACGCCGUAGCCGCCAAGCACCCGGGGCUGGGCGAGUACGCCGCCUGCCAGUCGCGCGCCUUCGUGAAGGGCAUCGUCACCUUCGUCACAGGCACCGGGGCGGCCUUGGGCCUGCAGAUGUCCGUGCAGAGGAGGCUGAAGUACCCCUUCCAGUGGACCGUCCUGGUGGCCGUGGGUGGGUCCUCCCUGCCUGGGCCCCCAGGUUGCCGGGGCGACUCUGGCUCUUCAGAGGAUUGCAGGCUCCGUGGCCAGCUACUGGGUGACCCGCGUGGAGACCCAGAAGUGCAGCGACCUCUGGCUCUUCCUGGAGACGGGGAAGCUCCCCACGGACAUGGGCACAGAUCCGCGCACCUAGGAGAGCUCCAGCCAGGCGCACAGGACCUGGGCCCAGAGAGUUCUAGAACACAGCGCUCAGCACCUCGCACCCCAGGCUGGCCCUCCCCGCUCCGGAGGCCCUGCCCGCACCCUGGGGGCGUGUGUUCUACAGCAACUGGGGCGCAAGAGCAGGAAGAAGCUGGGAGACAAGUGUCACCUCCGUGCCCACGCGGCUGCUACUGGAGGCUCUGCCAGGCAGUUCCUGAACCCGCCCUGUAAGGCAGUGAGGCCUCUCCAUGCGGGGGUGGGGGGUUUGUUUCCAUACAACCUGGCACGGAGGAGCAGACCACCGGGUGUACAGCCAACAGCACCUGGUCCCGAGGGACAAGGGGCAGGACCCGGCUGUGCCCACCCGCCCGGCGCCCAAACACGCGUGUCAGAUGAAGUCACCGCUCUCCGGGGGCGGAGGGGGGCUGAGCUAGCUUCCUGGAGCUCUGUCCCCACAGAAGGGAAGCUCACGAGUGGGACGGACCAGCCACCUCCCCGCCCCAACAGGAAAGGCAGAUUCUAUCACCUCCGGGCAAGUCCAUGGUCCUUUGCGGUUGGCUCCCCAGUCUCGCUGAAGGCACAGCCAGGCCAGCCCCUGUGCCUCUCCGCCUGGCCGGUCAUUCAAAAGAAUACCUACUGAGCACCUACUAUGCGCCAUGAAUCUUGAUGGACAGGUAGUGAAGGAAGCCCAAGGUAACCAUGGCAGAAGCCACCUAGAGUCUCCUUCCUGUAAAAGUCCCAGUGGGUGGCCAGGAGCUGACGUUCAGGGGCCGGGGCCCCUUUUAGUCCGUUCCCUGCUGCAACGGCCUCUCUUCCAAAUCUCCCUCAUGGCACAGCUGCCAGCUCCGGCCAUCUCGGCUUCAUCCCCGUCAACAGGAAGGAAGAGAGCAGUUCACUCACCGUUCUGCUCGCACUGCACUGGCAGAACUAAGUCCUGAACACUUGUGCAGAGGCACCCAGGAGGGCAGCCUUGCUCUGGGCAGCCGUGCGCCCCCACUACAAUUCUAUAUCUGAGCGAGAAGGAAGAACCAAUAGUGGGGGACUGUAGCCAGGCUCUGCCUCAGACUCUGGUUGGGAGCCUUCCGUCUCCCCAAGGCUAACGCCUGGCUGAGCGGGAGGGCAGAGGGUAGGGGGGUUUUAGACCUGACUGGAUGCACUUUUUUAAAACUGAGAGUGGCCAGAAAGGUAAGAGGUCCUGGAGGAAGAUGGGCGGAGACCAUUGUUGGGCUGAACCGUGUCCCCCCAAAUUCACACAUUGCAGCCCUAACCCCAGGACCUCAGAACACAAUGCAUUUGUAGAUUGGACCUCUGAGAAGGGGAGGAAGUUAAAAUGAGGGUGGGUCGGCCCUAGCUGGUUUGGCUCAGUGAAUAGAGCGUCACCCUGUGGACCAAAGGGUCCCGGGUGCGAAUCCAGUUAAGGGUACAUACCUCGGUUGCAGGCUCUUCCCCAUCCCAGGCCCUGGUCAAGG